AAUAGCAGUAAAUACUAAAAAGUGAAAAGCAGUGCUUCAGUCAGAAACAGAUCAGCUCUUUCCCCGUUCUUUCUGUCAGCCGGGAAAAUCGGAAAAAUAAAUCAGAAAAAAAAAUGGGAAGCUCGUCGAAGGAGGAGACGGCAACCGACGCCGAUACAUCGAGCGAAGACACCCCUCCCUCCAAUUCCAACCACUUCUCUGAGGGCGAACGUGUCCUCGCCUAUCACGGCCCUCGUAUCUACGAAGCCAAGGUUCAAAAGGCAGAGCUUCGGAUUAAAGAAUGGAAAUACUUUGUUCAUUACCUUGGUUGGAAUAAAAAUUGGGACGAAUGGGUAGGUGCUGAUCGGCUGAUGAAACAUACUGAAGAGAAUGUCAUGAAGCAGCAAGCCCUAGACAAAAAACAGGGUGUUGACAAAAGUUCAAAGUCAGGACGUUCAAGUCAGACCAAGCCAAAAAGCUCUACUGAUGCAAAAGCGGAUAAAGAGGAGCUGAAGAACACUGCUGCAAAAGGGAAGAAGAGAAAAAGCGACUCAGGUGUUGAGAAGGACAACUCAUCCAUGGAAAAGCUUGUCAAGAUCCAAAUUCCAUCAACCCUAAAGAAGCAGCUGGUUGAUGAUUGGGAAUUUGUUACUCAACAGGAUAAGCUUGUUAAACUUCCUCGAUCACCAAAUGUUGAUGAUAUUUUGACAAAGUACCUUGAAAACAGGUCCAAGAAGGAUGGCAUAAUGACUGAUUCAAUUGGAGAAAUCUUGAAGGGAAUUCGCUGUUACUUCGACAAAGCUUUGCCUGUGAUGCUUCUUUAUAAAAAAGAGCGCCAACAAUACCAUGAAGUAGUCCUCGAUGAUGUCUCUCCAUCAACCAUAUAUGGUGCUGAGCAUUUACUACGCCUCUUUGUCAAGUUUCCUGAGCUAUUGGCAUAUGUGAAUAUUGAAGAGGAAACAUUAACCAGCUUGCAACAGAAGUUAAUGGAUUUUCUCAAGUUUCUGCAGAAGAACCAGAGCACCUAUUUUCUAUCUGCAUACGAUGGAUCUAGAGGUUCAGAAGGAAAGGUGACACUAGUCGGAUGUAUUUUGUACAAUGACAAAGGGAAGUCGCCGUAGCCUUUUUUUUUUUUUGGGUUAGUGAAUGUUAUAGGUGUAACAAAAUUCCGUUCUGAUACGUUCAUCUUCUGGUGUGAUUAAGAUUCUAACAUUCUGAAAGCCUCAGAAACUACUAGAUCUUAAUUCCUUCAAUGUUAAUUGUUACCUAUAUUUGCUUAAUCAUGUAGGCGAUGGUGAAUGAUUGGACGUGGAUUCUGGUAUUUGUUAAUGCCUCGAAUGAUGUCGACUUUGCAAGGGUUAAUAUAUCGAUGCAAGUUAAUAGUGUAUUGGAGGGAAAAUUUGUGCGUUAUUGUUGAUGGAUAAUUGAUUAAAAGAUUUUCAAGCCUAGUGUUUUUUGGAAACUUGUUUAAUAUACACAAGUUUUUUGUGGUUUGAAUUCAUUAAAAGAUUGGAGGAAUAAAACUUUUAAUUAAGAAAAGAAAAAUACCAAAAUCCAAAAUUUUUUUGUCGGUUAAGAAAAUACAAAAACGUUAAAAGUAACAAUAAUAGAUAUUGAAUUUGAUUAUUUGAGAUGGGCCGGACUUGAAAUAUUGAGUUCAUGACCCAAAACCAUUUCCUAAUCUAUCCAAAACCCAAUCUAAAUAUAUUAUUAAGAAGAGGUGUUGGUAAUGUUUCAAAUUUGCAAAGAUGAGACAGGCGAAGGCCAGUGACCGGACCAUUCCCAUCGCUACCACUUUCCAAACCAUGUGGUAAAAUAUGAGCUUAUGCUGCGGCUCUUGUAACUUCUCCAUUAUUUCUUUGGCGUUACUCCAAUGUCUAUACAUUGCCCCGACCCACAAAAAUUCAUGGCCUGGAUUUCAUUGAACCCUGCAAACGGAAACUCACUCCAUUUCACUUGCCAAAAUCUCACCUCUGAGUCGCCCCAUACGCAGACGACCACUCGG